AUGAAUCUAUUGACAGCUCCUGGAGGAUCCGUUCGUGAGCAGCAAAUCUUAACUCGACUCUAUCUAGAUUUUUACUUAGCAUCACCUGGUAUCGUCAUGUUCUACACAGUCAUUGUCGAAUGUAGUACCAUUCAAACCUUUUCCGUAUCUUCAGUGAUGGAUGAUGCGAGUUGUUUACUACGAGUGAAUGCAUUUGACGAAACAUACACAACCAAUACGGUUCACAUUAUGUUAAUGCGUAGUAAUUUGAUUUGA